UAAGUUCCCUGAACAACAGCUUUCAUAUGAAAUAACUAAAUCAAGAUGGCAAUUUCUUACAUUGCGAUUCCUGAGAGUAUGGAAACAGAGUCCUGAUGAUGAAAGACUUCAUGGAGUUAAAGUUGUGCCUCAUCCAGAGGAAGAGAUAAUCCUGACAGUGAAAGCUUAUUCUCCGUUUGCCCAUUUGAAUGAAAUGGAACUUUUUCUUCGGAACCAUUGUAAAAAGGUACUGUUCAUAGGAAAAGUUUACAAUGAAAUCGGAGUGUGGGCUUGUAAAUUCAAGUUCAAGGUGACUUUUAAAAAGAACCAUUUACCCCCUGCACGAUUUCGUUUGGGGAAUGUAAAUUUUGAUGUCUUUUUUUCAGGAAUGCCAAGUUUUUGUAAAAAAUGCAGGAAUUAUGGACAUGGUGCAGAUUCUUACAAUACAUGUACUAAUUGUGGCAGUAAUAUGCAUUUUGCCAAAGACUGUACUAAAUCAAAGAAAUGUAACCUCUGCUUAGAGAUUGGACAUUUGUAUACUGCAUGCCCUCAACGGAAAAAACGAUUUAAAAAGACUGUUCCAGAUGAAGUUAAUGAGGCUGUCUCAGUGGGGGAGGGGGAGGCAACCUCAACGAAGGAAGGAGAGGCUGUUUCAGCGGGGGAGGGGGUUGCUGUUUCUGUUGAAAUACUACCUGAUUUAACCCUUUCCUUUGAAGAUGUGUUUUUUGGGGGGUUGCAAAGUCCUCUCCAGGAAACAGAUGAGAUCGGUGAACCGGUGGCCAAAAAACAAAUAACAAAAAGGAAAACAAGUCAAGAAAAAACUGAAACUAAAUGUGAUAUGUUGUAUGAAUAUUGGAAAGAUAAAUCUGAUGUGGAUAUAAAAAGUUUUUUUGAUGGCUGGUCUGAAGAACAAAAAAAGAGCCUUUAGAAAAAGAGUGGAUUUUGAUAGAAUUUCAGAAAAAGAAGUUAGAAAGAAAAUACUUGACUUUGUGAAAAAAUGGUAAUAAAGUUUUUUGAAAUGAUAUGCAAAUGAAAAUGAUAUGCAGAUAUGCAAAUGUUUCUGAAAUGCAAAUGAUAUGUUAAUAAAGUCUGGGAAGUAUUUUUUGUUGAUAUGUUAAAGAAAUGCACAAUGUUGUAUAUGAGAAUUUAUUUUGAUUUGAUUAUAUAUUUUAUCU